CAGUAGAAAAGAACUUUUCCAUACAUGAAUUUUAAAACACAAAAAAGUGAUUCUUUUUCACCAUCGUGAAAGUGCAAUUUAAAAUGUUUUUUAAGCUGGGCGUUAUAAUUUUGACUUGCAACUUAUAUCUGCAUAUCGUUUUGAGUGCUGUUUCGUCGGAAGUUUCAGUUUCGUUAUCAACAGAUCCGAAAUUUUCCGCACCAAUCGCCAAUGUUACGGCAGCCGUUGGCCGGGAAGCAAUUUUGACGUGCCAAGUUAUAGAUUUAGGAUCAUAUAAGGUUGCGUGGUUGCGAGUAGACACACAAACGAUUCUAACCAUUCAAAAUAAUGUUAUCACCAAAAAUCAUCGUGUUGGAAUUAGCUUUACAGAGAAACGUACAUGGCAGUUGAGAUUAAAAGACAUUCGAGAGUCGGAUAAAGGAUGGUACAUGUGCCAGAUCAAUACUGACCCGAUGAAGUCACAGGUUGGCUACUUGGACGUUGUAGUGCCACCUGACAUUCUCGAUUAUCCAACGAGUACUGAUAUGGUUGUUCGAGAAGGCAGUAAUGUUACAUUGAAAUGUGCAGCUACUGGUUCACCAACUCCUAACAUCACAUGGCGGAGAGAAGGUGGUGAGAAAAUCAUGCUACACAGUGGUAGUGAUGUUACAGUUGAAGGAGCGACACUGAAUAUUCCUCGUGUCGAUCGCCUACACAUGGGUUCAUAUUUAUGCAUCGCAUCGAAUGGCGUACCACCUACCGUCAGCAAAAGGAUAACAUUGAUUGUACAUUUUCCGCCAAUGAUAUCAGUAGCAAACCAACUCGUAGGGGCGUACGAGGGUCAACAAAUAAAGCUUGAGUGCCAUUCAGAAGCGUAUCCAAAGUCUAUUAACUAUUGGACGAAGGAAAAAGGCGAUAUUGUUCCACAAGGGGGAAAAUUUGAGCCUGUUCUUAUUGAUAAUGCAUACAAAGUAGUCAUGCGACUUAACAUUAAAUCUGUAAGUCAAAGCGACUUUGGAAGUUAUAGAUGUGUUGCUAAAAACUCUCUUGGUGACACUGAUGGAACUAUUAAGCUUUAUAAAAUUCCAAGGGGAGAAAUGAACGCUUUAGAUUUUCAUGAAGGAAGACGGAAGGGCAAACACAAAAAAGGAAAUAAUUUUAUUGAAUCCAAUGACGUUUCGGAUGGCGAGGCGGAAAACUCAAGUAAGCGAAAAGAACUGAUAAUUAGUGAAUCGAAUGGUGAUUCGUAUGAGUACACAUCACAAGGGAAUGAAAAUUUCUCACAUCUCUAUGUGGUGGUGUUUUCAGCUGCUUUUGUGAUUUGUACAUCAAGGAAAUUGCUCAAAUGA